AUGGGUAAUUCAACUAUGAAUAGUAGCACUGCCACCACCACCACAACAGUCUCAUACAACACAACAUCCAUGGCUAACUCAACUAUGAAUAGCACUAGUACUACAAAUGCUACGACUACAUCAAGCACAGCUUCGAUGAGUAACUCAAGUAUGAAUGCCACUACCACCACCACUACAACAACACUCCCAUACAACACAACAUUCAUGGGUAAUUCGACUAUGAAUAGUAAUAGUACCACAACUACUACUACUACAUCAAGCACUGCUCCGAUGGGUAACUCAACGAUGAAUGCCACUACUAGCAUCACUUCAACAGCAAGUACAGUUCUGACCGGUAACGCUACUAUGAAUGCUACUACUACCACCACCACAGCGACUAACAGAACGACCUCGACUACUAGUUCCAGUACUACCACAUAA